UUACUCUUCCCGCCGGUGGUGCUGUCAGGCAAACCCCCCGAGGCUCAUGGAGGCGUUCGACCCGGCUGAGCUGCCCGAGCUACUCAAGCUUUACUACCGGAGGCUCUUUCCCUUCUCCCAGUACUAUCGCUGGCUCAAUUAUGGCGGAGUGGUAAAGAAUUAUUUUCAGCACCGGGAGUUUUCAUUCACACUGAAAGAUGAUAUAUACAUUCGCUACCAGUCUUUCAACAACCAAAGUGAGAUGGAAAAGGAGAUACAGAAAUUGAAUCCAUACAAAAUUGAUAUUGGAGCAGUAUAUUCCCACAGACCCAUUCAACACAAUACAGUGAAGCUAGACUUUCAAGCUCAGGAAAAGAAGCUGGUGUGUGAUAUUGACAUGACAGACUAUGAUGAUGUGAGGAGGUGCUGUAGUUCUGCAGAGAUAUGUUCUAAAUUGACUCUCAUGACACUGGCCAUCCACAUCAUAGACAGGGCUCUAAAAGAGGAUUUUGGAUUUAAACAUUGCCUCUUAUAUUCAGGAAGGAGAGGCCAUUGCUGGGUCUGUGAUGAAACAGUCAGAAGACUGUCCUCAGCUGUGCGUUCUGGGAUAGUAGAAUAUCAAGUCUUGUGAAGGUAGGGAGGAGAAGAGAUGAAAAAGAAGGUCCAUCCUCAAUACAAAGGAUUCCCCUUUCAUCAAAAAUCAAUAAGCAUAGUAGAAAAAUAUUUGAAGAAUAUGCCUGUUGGUCAAGAUAUUCUUGUAAAUAAAGAAAACUGUGAUAAGAUUUUAACUCUUGUCCCUGAAUCUAUUCAUGCUGAACUUCAGCAAGGGUUCCAGAAGUCUCAUAAUUCAGUCGACCGCUGGGAACAUUUGAAGAAAGUAGUAAGCAAAAAUCGGGCUGUCAGAAGUGAGAAAUGUGGACCCUGGGUAGAGUGGGAGAUCAUGCUACAGUACUGUUUUCCUCGCCUGGAUAUUAAUGUUAGCAAAGGAAUCAACCAUUUACUGAAGAGUCCUUUCAGUGUUUCAUCCUAAAACUGUCGUAUUUCUGUUCCCAUUGAUUUGCAGAAAGUGGAUCAAUUUGACCCAUUCGCUGUUCCUACCAUAAGCCAGAUCUGCCAUGAAUUAGAUACAGUCUCCACUCAUGAAGAUGAUGGGGACAAGGAGAAUGAAGCUGAACCUGAAAACAAGCGUCGUACUAGAGAUUAUAAGAAGACCAGUCUGGCUCCCUAUGUGAAGUGUUUUGAACAAUUUUUGGAAGAACUGGAUAAGUCCAGAAAAGGAGAACUUCUGAGGAGGAGUGAUGCACAAAGAGACUUCUGAAGACAGCAGCUUCCCUCUAUGCCAAAGUGGAUCUCUCUGACCUUCAACCAAUAGCUCAUUACAUCCAACCAUGUAAUAAAUGUGCUGGACUGUAUACAAUAUAAUUAUUGGGUCAUAGUUUACAAUUUUUGUUUUUUGUGGGGCAAUGAGGUUAAGUGACUUGCCCAGGUUCACACAGCUAGUAAGUGUCCAAGUGUCUGAGGCUAGCUACCCCCCAUAGUUUACAAUUUUGAUCAUAGUGAAGUUUUGGCUCUAACUAAAUAAAUGUAAGAGUAGAGUCUUACCAGAGUUAUUAGUAGCCUUCACCUGUGAGAAUUAUAAUACUUAUACUACUCUCUCACAGAAUGGUCCUAAGACCAUUAAAAACUUCUCUGCAAAGUAAGGUAUCUGGUAGAAAGGAGAAAUGGUGAUAGUUGGACUGAUAUCAUUUUCAAAGUAGAUUUUUGCGGGGAGGAGGAAUCAGGCUUUCAAAGAUUCCAGAUUGGGGGAAGCUUGGUGGCGCAGUGGAUAAAGCACUGGCCCUGGAUUCAGGAGUACCUGAGUUCAAAUCUGGCCCCAGACACUUGACACUUACUAGCUAUGUGACCCUGGGCAAGUCACUUAACCCUAAUUGCCUCACCAAAAAAAACCAAAAACAAACAAACAAAAAAUUAUACCAGAAAGCUAACAAUCUGGAAUAUUUGGGGGGGAGG